UAUCGGUGAUAUCUCGAACUGGGUCACAAUUCGUGUUGAAAAAGCCUAAAUAUUAAGACUAGAGAUAUUGGAACAACCGAUUACGCCUUGGGCGAAAUGUCAACAAAUGGCCGCUCAGGCAUGAUGGGGUCUAAUAUCGGUUAUUAAAAUGAUCAGUAUUAUUUUUGAAUAGUGGCACAUCGCAGCCAAACCGUAGGAUGAAUACAAGUAUAUUUUUAAGCACUUGGUAGAGUCGUGUAUUUGAUUUCGACGGGUAAGCCUGGAUCCAGCCCCCCUCCUUCCUGUUUUCUCCAUCGUGGAACCAGAGGAAACGUGUGCGCAGCAUCUCCGUCCACCGAGCAGCUCUUUGGCGAGCACGCAGCCAGGCCUCUCGGUACUGACACCCCUGCACGAAUGUCGGCGUUUUUGUAAGGUAGAACCCGGCGACCAUCGGAACAAUAUGGCAGAAGCGGAGCUCCAAACCUUCACCUCCAUCAUGGACGCGCUGCUUCGUAUUAGCGUGAGUAAACGAUUUCUUAAAGACCAACAUGAAGAGCAUGGAGCGGGAGCUGCAUUGCCCGGUGUGCGAUGAGAUGGUGAAGCAGCCCAUCCUGCUGCCCUGUCUGCACAGUGUGUGUUUGCUAUGUGCAGCCGAGGUGUUGGUGCAAAAAGGGUAUCCACCCCCGGAUCUACCUCCAGAGCCACAUUCCCCGGCUUCCACGCCAAACACACGUUCUCCACGGCAGCCUCGCAGACCCAUGCCGAGGACCCCCGACCACCUGGACAGGGUCCUCAGAACAGCGUGUGGGACGUGCCCAGGGCGAAGGCGGAAAGAUGCCCCUCCCCCAAUGCUGUUCCCCUGUCCUUCCUGCCAGCGCGACGUGGAGCUGGGCGAGAGAGGCCUGUCUGACUGCCUUCGUAACCUCACUCUGGAGCGCAUCGUAGAGCGGUACCGGCACACUCUCAGUCUGGGCAGCAUUGCCAUCACGUGUGGCUUCUGUAAACCUCCUCAAGCUCUGGAGGCCACCAAAGGCUGCGCAGACUGCAAGUCCAACUUCUGCAACGAGUGUUUUAAACUGUAUCACCCGUGGGGAACCCCUCGAGCCCAGCAUGAACAUAUACUGCCCACCAAUAACUUUCGACCUAAGGUGCUCACGUGCACGGAUCAUGAGCAGGAGAAGAUGCAGUGGUUCUGCUACAACUGCCAGAAGCUGCUGUGUGCGCUGUGUAAGCUCCGUCGCGUCCACCAUAGUCACAAAGUACUGCCUGUAGCACAAGCCUACCAAACCUUAAAGGAAACACUCAACAAGGAGGUGAACUACAUUCUGGCCAAUCAGGAGACGAUACACAACCAAAUCACUCAGCUGGAAGCUGCCAUCAGACAAAUGGAGGCAAACAGUUCUGUAGCUCUUCAGCAGCUGACCCGCUGCAUACGUGAACUUGGGGCGGCUGUUGGUGAGCGCCAGGGGGCCAUGGCCGUGGCCCUGGAGGGGACACGCAACAAGAGGGGGGAGCUCAUGUCUGCCCAGGUGUCGGAGAGGAGGGGUCUGCUGGAACAAGCAGGUCUAAUGGUUUUCACUCAAGAGCUGCUGAAAGAGACGGAUCAACCCUGUUUUGUUCAGGCAGCCAGAGUCACCCAUAACAGGUUAAUGAAAGCCAUCGAACACCUCCAGUGCUUCUCUCUCUCUGCUGAUACAUCCUUCAGACACUUUCACCUUGACGCAACCAAAGAGAUCAAAGUUAUUAAGAGUGUGACGUUCAUACAAGCUCCUCUGGCCCCAGUCAUCGACACCCAGAAGACGUUAGCAUACGACCAGCUGUUCUUAUGUUGGCGCCUCCCGCAAGACUCAGCUCCUGCUUGGCAUUUUUCUGUCGAGUACCAACGACGAACUGGAGCAGCCGGAGCCAUGUGGGGCGGCACCAGAUCUCCCACUGCUUCCUUGUCAUGGCAGCGGCUGAAUGAAGUGAAGGGAACCAACGCUGUGGUGGAACAGCUGCAGAUGGACAGUGUCUACGUGCUGCGGGUCAGAGGCUGCAACAAGGCUGGCUUUGGAGAGUACAGUGAAGAGGUCUACCUGCACACGCCUCCUGCCCCAGUGUUGAGUUUCGCCUUGGAUUCUCGUUGGGGUUUACACGCUGACAGAGUGGCGCUGGGUAAAGGCCUGACCUACGCUCGCAGUGUCCCGGGUCUGUCUCUCCUGCAGACCGCCGACCGCAUGCUCACCAGCUGCCACCUCACCUCCGACCUGUUAGUGGGAGAUGUGGCUGUCACUCAAGGAAGACACUACUGGGCGUGCUCAGUGGAGGCGGGGUCCUAUCUGGUCAAGGUGGGGGUCGGACAGGAGGUCAAACUCCAGGAGUGGUUUCACCUUCCCCAGGACAUGGCCAGCCCUCGCUGUGACCCCGACAGUGGCCAUGACAGCGAGGCAGAAGACGGCCAGGACUCUCCUUCCCUCUGCUUCCUCACCAUGGGCAUGGGCAAAAUCUUGAUACCGCAUGGACAAGGCCAGAAGUUCGACUCUUCCCGUCAAAGCUACGGAGGGAAGCAGCUCACUGCGCCUCUGCCGCCGCGGCUCGGCGUGUGUCUGGACUGCGACAGAGGACGUGUCACGUUCUACGAUGCUCACUCGCUACGCGUCAUCUGGGAGGGACUCGUGGAUUGCUCCGCCCCGGUGUGUCCGGCUUUCUGCUUUUUCGGGGGUGGCGCUCUGCAGCUGCAGGAUCUUGUGGCCAAUCGGAUCAUCGAGGAGCCACCACCACGGAGGGUAACCAUCCAAACAUGUGCCAAUAAAUCAAAACACUAGCAUACUGCGUUGAGUUCUGCCACCUUCCUGAGUGAGAAACACAUUUAAUGAUGGAUUAAAUGUUAAGUCUACCUAUUUAAUCCUGACAUAUCUUCAACCUAUCUGCCGUUUUUCUUUUGGAGAAUUAAAUAUUAAUGCAUUAAUGUAUUAAGUGGCACAUAAAAACACUUAAAUUACAUAUUCCUCAAUGGCAAAUAUAGGUGUAGAAUAUUUGAGUUGAAUUGAGUUUUGUUUUUGUCACUCAGGAAUUUGGCACAAUAUUAGAGUAAUAUUCUGAAAUUCAGUCCUGAAAUGUAAUCUUGUUUUGAUACUUGAUUGAAGGUUUUUCAUAGAAAUAAGUUGGUGUUGAUUCAAGCCUAUGCACAAUUCUUUUAGUGAGUCAAACAGCUGCGUUACCUGAAAGUCCGUUUGCAACGUAAAAGAAACCUGCGCUCUCCUUCACACUUGCCUUAAUUUGCUCCCUGGAAGACAGACUAAUAUUGCAUGCAGGUGUCGUGGAAAUCAAAAGAACCCCGUCUUAUUGCAGAAUGUUAAGAAGCUCAGAUGUUCUGCGCUUCUUUUUAUCCUUCAGUUCACAAACUACAAUCGCGCUGUAAGCCCGAAUUAGAUCCGUUCAGCUCGGCAGGUUCAGUCGGGUCUCCGCAGGUACUUUAUUCCAUGUCUGUAUUUGCAUUUCAAAAGCACUUGUGGGAUGUUUCUACUGGAUAAACAUGCUCGCUGUCGCCUUCCUUCCUUUCACAAUUAAACUAUGAUCAAAGUCAGAAGGCUCCACAGAAUCGUCUCCUUGUUACGGUGUGGGGACAUGCAAAUAUGAUUCACUGUUCAACACGACAAAAAAGACAGAGAUUGUCCGGUGUUCAACUAAGGGCUUUGGUUAUGUACACAACUCUAAUGUCUGCUAUUAUUGUUACUACGAAUGUCCUAUUUUCUUACAAACUGGCUCUGAAUUAUAAUAACACAUGGCCCCUUGCUGAACAUAAUAUUGACUACCAUUUUGUAUGGCCUGACUCGUCCUACAGCUCCCAUAAUGCACUGCAACAUCUCCUCUAGGGGCCUAAGUUAUGGAUCAAAGUUGUUUAAAGCAAGGUAUUCUGAUCUUUUCUGUCUAAAGAAUCACGUGUAGAAUGAACACUUGCAAAUAGUAUAGAAUUGUGUUUCGGAAAUUUCACUUUCAGAUUACGCUGAGGUGGAGUGAGGGACACUUUUGCUACUUCAGUGCUGAACUCAUCAAACAUGUCCAAGUGUUGGUAUAAAGUGCCAUGUAGUUGUUGACUAACAUGGUAAAUGUAAAGAGGCAAGCGAACAAAUAUUUAACUGCUUUUAGUUACAACAAUUUAACAACAGGGAAGAAGCAUUAGAGUAUCUAGCAUUGCUACACCUUUAGCUGCUGCUUGAAAGACUCUGUUGCAGUUUUGGUGGAGCCCGCAAAAGUUUGUGACGCAUGACCGGAACAUGUAGGAUUCGAAUCUGUCUGUAUGUUAGAGUGAUCUGUUGUACGUCGUGUGUGAAACAAGCAUCACCUGUAAACAAAAACAACUCGAUCAGCAAUACAAGUUGGCCUUAAAUUUGAGUCUCGAUUGGGCGUUGAAUGUCUGUCUUUUAACUUUUAGCGACGGCUGGAAGCAAGUUUGGAAGAGUUGAUGUUUUUUUCUUUCAUGUGGAGAAUGUAAAUGUUCAAGGAUUGUCUUUCUUUUGCGCCUUGUUCGCCACCAGGAUCUGGACUGUGUCUGUAGUUUUGGCUUCCGACUGCAGAGUAUUCUUAUCAUGUGGUGAGAGCUUCACAUUAAAAGGAAGUGGUGCAUUUCUGUGUCUUUGAAUGAGCCGCGAAUGGUUGGUGAUAAAUGAUGAUGUUGAGGCCGUCAUGGCAGCUAGCAUCAAUCUAACAAGAUGAAGAAGUGAGACGGGAAGUUGUUGUUCAGGAUGCAAACAGGAGCCCUUUUGUCUGGUCGCCUGCAAGACAGGUGACAACGCUGUGUGCCAUCAUUCACCUGAACCUCCUAUGGCAGUACAUAGACUGGGUUUAAGUAAAUGAC